UGAUAAUAAUCGGAUGCAAACCUAUUUAUAUUCCUCUCUUUAUUCUUCCUUUCUCGUCCGCCUCUUCUUUCUUCUCUUCUCUCUCUAUCCUCUUUCUUCUUCUUCUUCAUUCAUCUUCCUUCAUCGCAAACCCUAAAAACCAGAAUCAAACCCUAAUCGGUGUUGAUUCUUUUCUAAAUUCACUCACACUUUCAUCAAUUUCGCUGAAAUUCUUCUUCAUGGCUGCUUCUACCACAAGCCAGGUUUAUAUCGAUGUCAUCGAAGAUGUCAUGGUCAAAGUUCGCGAUGAGUUUGUCAAUACCGGUGCUAGUCCCGGUGAUGAAGUUCUCCGAGAGCUUCAAGCCAUUUGGGAAUCGAAGUGUAUUCAAGCUGGUGCAGUGCUAGGUCCAAUUGAGAGGAAUACUGGAGUUAACAGGCCAAUGCCGGGCGGUCCUAUUACUCCUGUUCAUGAUCUUAAUGUUCCGUAUGAGGGAACUGAGGAGUAUGAAACUCCUACUGCUGAAAUACUUUUUCCUCCUACGCCGUUGCAAACUCCGAUUCAAACACCUUUACCUGGACCUGGGGAGACUCCAAAUUAUAACAUUCCUACUGGACCAAGUGACUACUCUUCUGGAAAUGAUGCUGGUGGAAAUGCUGAUGUCAAAGGUGGAAGACAAGCAUUCAUGCCACCUCCUUCUCCUUGGAUGAAUAUGAAUCAGAGGCCUCCACUUGAUGUCAAUGUUGCUUAUGUGGAAGGACGGGAUGAGGCAGAUAGAGGAGCUUCUAAUCAGCCUAUGACACAGGACUUCUUCACAAUGACUGGUGGAAAGCGGAAGCGCAAUGAUUUGCCUCCACCAUAUGAUGCUGGAGGAUAUAUACCUCAGCAAGAUGGAGCUGGUGAUGCUGUGUCUGGCGAUUUUGAAAUUGAGGUAUGUGGAGGGAGCAUCUCCUUCAAUUCACAACACACUAAUUCAAAAGGGAAAAUGCCUGCAGAUUUGGAGAGACUGGCUUCUAGGAUUCCUCAACUUGAUGGUCCGAUUCCUUAUGAGGAUGAUGUGCUUUCUACUCCAAAUAUAUACAAUUAUGGUGGAGUGUUCAAUGAAGACUACAACAUUGCAAAUACACCAGCUCCUCCUGAAGUACCAGCUAGCACUCCUGCUCUUGUUGCUCAAAAUGAGGCGGUAAAUGAGGAUGAGGAUGAUGAGCCAUUAAAUGAAGAUGAUGAUGAUGAUUUGGAUGACUUGGACCAAGAAGAUGAUCAAGAUACAAAUCAUCUAGUUUUGGCCCAGUUUGACAAGGUGACACGCACUAAGAGCAGGUGGAAGUGCACAUUAAAGGAUGGCAUCAUGCAUAUAAACAAGAAGGAUAUUCUCUUCAACAAGGCGACAGGAGAGUUUGACUUCUGAUUUUGUUGUGGCAAGUGCUAUGGUGAAAGCAUAAUUCUGAGGUGUCAGUGUUUCGUGAUAUUUCUUUGAUUGUAGUUAUUAUUGAGAGAGAGAGAUUCAGGAAGAGAGAAAUCCUUACACUUUCGAGACUGUUUUGAUGUUGGCCUCUUGUGCAUAAUGGAUGGGCAAUUUUUGGCCUUAACAUAAUGUUUAGAUACUGAGCAUUUCAUCAAGUCCAUUUGUCAAGUAUGUAGUUCGUUGUAUACUUGGACAUUUUGGUUAAUUUAAGAGCUGCGCUGUAUGAUAAUGAUAGUUUUACUUAGCAUUGGUUCGA